AUGGCCUUUCCCAGGGCCCUGCUGCCGCCGCUGCUCACCUCAGCCUCGACCGUGAGCUUGGGCGAGUGCGGCUGGCUGGCGAGGGGCCCGGUCUCUGGUUCUCGCUUGGCCCACCUCCUCAGCGAGGCCUUAAGGUGCUUCACCUGUGAGCAGCCCACGGCCCUUCCUUUGUGCGAGACCAUUACUAACUGCAACCCGGAGGACACAGCGUGCAGGACCUCGCAGCCGAUGUUCCGCUUCAACCACAGCCCCGGGGUGACCAGUUCCUGCUCUAGCUCCUGCGAGGCCGCUGACCCAGACAGCAUUGGGGCUGCCCACCCCAGCUACUGCUGCUCCCAUGACCUCUGUAAUUCUAUGGGCGUUGCCAGGCUCAGUGCUGGGGCCCUGGCCCCUCGGGGGCCAUAA